AUGGUGGCCGAGGCUUCCCGCCGAAAACAUCGCAAGUUGGCGUCAACACACCGCAUGCAUGCAAAGAGUGUCGGCGGCGAAAGGCUCGAUGUUCGCGCGAGCUUCCGAUGUGUCUUCAAUGCGUCCAAAACGGCCGACACUGUCUCUACGAGAGGCAGGUUCGCACGCCGCUCACGCGCAAGUAUGCAGCAUUUGAUUUCCACAAUAUUGUGUGUCGAAUUCCUAACACUAUUAAUCAAUAGACACAUGACUGAAGUGGAAGAGUCGCUUCGGAUUGCGACUGAUAUAAUCCGUGAGCGGCUUCCUGAUGUCGACUUACUAGCUGAACUUGCGCGAGCCAGAAAUGGAGAUACUGCAGAUUGGCGGGAUGAGACUAGGGAAAUUGCUCAAGACCAACUUCCGCAGAGUGCUCGCUCGAAAAGAUCAAAGGUAUCGCCUUCCUGCGAUUUCCCGGGCCAGAUGGCGUAUGUCAGCCAAGAAACCAAUGAUGCAGAAUCCAACAUCCUUUCCCUCUGCCUUGAAAGUAUCAGCGGCCAAACAGAAAAGCAAGAUGGAAAUUUCUCUUUUGAUAUACCGCCCACGACACCGAUUGAUAAUCCCUCCCUGAGCACGUCGGAUUAUGAGUGGGAUGAGCGACAAAGCGGUGCCCAGAGCUGCAAUGAUGGGAUGGCAGCUCUUUCCAUCCAGGAUGAACAGCCAGGAUACCUUGGUCUGGCAUCUGGUGCCGCUCUCCUUCGCCUGAUUCAAAGUUACACGUGUGAUCCUUUUUUAUCCACGGCAAAUUUCAAACCCGCGUUCGAGUCUAUCGAGCAGUCAAUGCGGGCGCCACUUGCUAUUGAUCUGCAAAGAGAUAUUCCAAAACACAAGAUUGAAGCAUAUAUAUCGGAUUACUUCAACACUUAUCAUAUCUCGUAUCCAUUGGUCCACCAGGGCCUGUUCAUGGCACAAUACCACGAGAUUGUACCACGCCCUACAACUGGAUGGAUGGCAUUGAUGUACGUUGUUGCGGCGAUUGGAGCAUUCAUGGCAGCCACCACGCGAAAUGAUGAUGACCUGGUUCUCUUCCACUGUGCUAGGUCUCAUCUGUCCAUUGAAAUGCUCGAAGUCGGCAAUUUGACAUUAGUGCAGACCCUGAGUUUAGUCUCAAACUACCUACAGAAACGGGACCGUCCAAAUUCAAGCUACAACUACCUAGGUUUGGCGGUUCGUAUGGCGUUUGGCCUAGGGCUUCACAAAAACCUUUCAGCCUGUGAAAAUGACUUGCUCAAUAUGGAAAUUCGUCGGCGAACAUGGUGGUGUCUUUUCAUAUUCGAUGCUGGCUCAACUAUUACCUUCAGUCGCCCAAUUGCUAUCUCUCCCGCUGGAAUAGAUGCCAGGCUACCGCUCAACACAUUUGACAGUUAUCUUAACGCAUCUACAACAACGCCCCCCGGGAGCGUAGCAGCCCCUACCCUCUAUACCAACGUUCGUGUACAAGCUCAGUUCCACCUACUCACCAAUCAUCUGUACAAUCGCGUUAUAUCAAAGCCAUUCCCAUCAGCAAAACAGGUGAUUGCCUGGGAUGAUUAUUACAUUGGCAAAUGGUUCGAUUUGGUCCCCGGAUACUAUAAGGAAAAUGUUGCGAUUCCAGAACGUCACGUAUUGGCCCACGCGAUCAUGACAUGGAGAUUCAAGCACUUCCGAAUGAUUCUUUACCGACCGUUCCUCAUCCAAAUGGCAUUGAUGGCACCCGGAAAACCUUGCAAUCCGACCCCGCAGAGCCGUCCAAGCAAUCCCACCGGAAACAGCGGCGACACCUCGUCUUCUGUAUUUAAAGAAAUGGCCUGCGACCGUUGCUUGAAAGAAUCACACGAGACAAUUGUGCAUAUCAACCAGUUCUGGCAAAGUCAAGCGCGCACGCGCAUGGCAUGUUGGUAUGCACUGUACUUUCUUUUCUCUGCUACUCUUGUCCCCGUGAUCAGCAUCCGAAACGACCCCCAAUCGCCAUUGGCCACAUGUUGGCGAGAGGACAUUGAGAGUGCGACAGAAACAAUAAAAAGCAUGGCAGAACUUAGUCCCUUUGCUGAGAGAUGCGCCGAAAACCUGGAGAAACUUUGUUCCGGAUACCUUACUCGCCCACCGCAGACAUACAAUGUAUCGGAUUCAGAGACUUUCUGGAUGCCGGAUCCCAUCGGCGACAGUCCUAUCUCGCAGAUGCUGUCUAUGUACAGUAUGAUCUGGCCGGAGGCUGCUCAACUCGAUCCCCACGAACAAUUCAUGUGA